CUUUAAACGAAACGUCUAACUCUAAUACUACAAAUCUACAACAAAAGUGACAAAAGAUAGAAAAACUGCUAACUUCAUUCAUAGUAUAGCAUAGUAAGGUCAAGAAAUAUUGCAUUGAAAUUGCUAUUGAACGCAAGAGAUUUUUAUCCAAGAUAAGAUUAAGCGAAUCUCUAAUAGCUCUUGAACAGUUUACAUUAAAAUGUUUUGAAUACAAAUUAUGGAGGUGUGGUCAAGAUGAUACUAGACAAUAACUUGCCGCCUUUGAAGCUAAAUUGAAAUUGUCAAUAAUUACAAUUAUUUUCUAAUAGUGAAUUACUGCCGAUGAGUCUUUAACACAGUAUGCGGGUUUCGGAAGAAAAGUUUUAAAAAAAAUCAUUGUUUAUCGCGACUUUUCAAUAAUCUCCAAAAAUGAGCAAUUGGGCGCGACGAAUGCACCGGCGAGCUGCUACAUUGAGUAACGUAGUCACGUCUUGCGGACAUCCUAAUUCCCUCCCAUAUCCAAGACGUUUGGAAAAAGUUAAAUUCGGUGUACCCCUUCACGAAGUCUGCAAAGAUGAUAUACCGGGUCCUUUGCUUGUGCUGAUUUUAAAGUUAAACAAAGAGGCACCGUUACGUCGUGAUGUUUUUCGCGCUCCCGGCCAUCAAGGUGCUAUGAAAAAGUUGAUACACUUUUUACAGACUGGCCGGCUUGUUAAUGUGGAUAAUUACUCCGUGUAUACUAUCGCAAGUGUUCUAAAAAAAUUUCUCAGGAAGAUCCCAGGCGGGGUGUUUGGUCGUGAUGGUGAAAUGCAUCUAUUCGCUGCAGUGGAACUACCAUCGGAACAACAAGUUGGUGCAAUUCGUGGAUUGCUGUUGUCUCUUCCAGUGUGCACGCAGAGAUUGCUCGUGCUACUUUUCGGCACAUUCCGGGUGAUGGCCUCAAAUGCCGAUAAAGCAGGAACCGGUAUGACGUCCGAGGCGUUGGGCGUGUCUGUUGCGCCGUCGUUCUUUCAUUCCUGCGUGUCGGACGGAAAGACUGCCACUAUGGAGGAUGUGCAACGGUUCAAGGUGGCAACUCGCAUCAUGAGGCAGCUGAUCGAGCAGUUCAGCGCUGGCGACCUUUUUGGUCGGGAAAACUAUGAGUUUUACGCUCGUGUCACUGGUCGUAUACUGCGCGUUAAAGAUGAAUGGAUCUGCUCGUUCAGGGAUCCCCCGCCGCCGAGACAUCACCGGGAUCAAGAGGCGUAUGCACGGCAAUUGUCUCUGGAAGCGGAAAAAACAUGGCUGCAAUGUGAAUGCGAUCGUUGGGGCAACAAGUUCAAUCUCGAAGGGUUGUCGAAGUCGGAGGAGUGCCAGUCGAUGCCGACGCUGGCGAGCGCGGGCGCGGCGGGCGCGGCGGGCGGCGCGCUCGGCCUCGGCAUCAUCCCCGAGCACAGUCUGCUCGACUCCUGCACGCGACUCUCUAUAUCGCUAGAGGAGAGCGUCUUCAAGGUGUCUGUGAGUUCGUCAUCGCAGUCGUCGUGCAGCAACUCCAGCCCGCACAUGACGCUGGAGGAGCUGCGAGCUAUCAACAAGUACGCGGAGAGCACUAAGAGCCUCUCAUAUUUGCCUCAGGUGCACGAGCGGCAGCGGGCGCGGAUGCGGACCCGCUCCGAGUGGUUCCUGCAACCCGCCGCGUCGCUGGACGCGGGCCGCGCGCGCGCCGGUACGCCGCACGAGCCCCGCCCCGCGACAUGUCUAGCCCCGCCCCACGCCACGCCCCGCGCCACGCCCACUUGCGCGGGGGAGGCGCGCGACGAGAACACCGCCCUCUACCUGCUUGUGGCCUGCCUAGAGUUUUUGUUCUGAUCGCCCCGGUACUGUGUCAGUGUUAACUAACAUCGCAUCUGGCUUUGCUCUCCUACCGCUUACGGUGACAAGGUGUAAUAGGGACGGUCUAAUGUAAGUAACCAGGGACUCAGUUCUGCUAAGCAAUGUCGUAAUUCACUAUAUAAGGCACGGCGAUUAACAAAAUAAAAUCAAUGCAGUAUUGUACGUGCAUGAUCGGUGUCAACAUGUCAUUAUCAAUGUCAAAAUGUCGUGUUCGGUGUCAACAUGUCAUGAUCGUUGUCAAAAUGUCAUGAUCGAUGUCAAAAAUUGAAAUUAACAAACGUCAAACCAACUCGCCAAUAGAGCGUUAGUACAAAGGGAGCUUAUGCACAGCAAGGUUUAACACCGCAAAACAUUUACAUCGAGCAUUAUUUUAAAACAUUUUUAAACACAACAUCAUUGACAGGCAGGCUAGUUUCACAAUAAAUUUGCAAGAAUAAUUCUGUUUACAACAAAAUCACACUAAAUUAAAUUAUUAAAUUAGCAUAUUUAUUUAAUUCAAGGAGAGAAAAGUCUUGCUUAACAGCACAUGGUACGGGGGGCGGCUUGCAUGCUUUGCACAUAACACGUUUACUGCUACCAAGUAUGGGUACUAGUGCACAUUUUCCAAUGCCAACAAUGUUUGGCGAGUCCAGUAAAUGCAGCAAAUCUACAGGUGAAAACGUUUGAAAUGUGGCAGAGAAUGUGUUAAAACGUUUACUGUCAGUCUCGUCUUUUGAUGUCACUAAUACGUAAUUAUCGUGGCAUUUAACGUGUUUAUUGUUUCACCUUUCUGUAACUUUCUUUGUCCCAAAUCUUUUUGUUUUUCUUGCAUUUUGUUAUGUGCCUGUUGUUUAUGUGUAUUUUGUAUUUAUGUAUGGAUGUUAUUGUGUCGAAAUAGAGAAUUUACACGAGAAAGAAAAUAAAUUUUAAAUGUAUUAAGUUUUUUACUUGUUAUGUAUGUCGUUUGACGUCUGAGCAAAUUGUAGAUUAUUCUUCAACUAAGUUAAUUUAGUGAUUGUCUUAAAUUACUUGAAUUGUUGUAAUUUGUUGUCAAUUGCUCAAGAAAUGUUAUAAUAGUCGUCUAAGGAUUGCCGUAGACUAGACUUUUAGUCGUCGUUAACAUGUAUGAGCGAAAAUUGCACAGAUGUGAUUUUGCUUUGACAGAGACUAAACUAUCGGUAGUUAAAAAGUAGUCUGCGGGGACCCUAAUUGUGUGAUUUGUUGGCUCUGUCUAUUCAACGUGGAUGACAAGGAUGACAAUAUUUCUCAAUACAAGUAAAUUGAUACCUUUGCUGAAAUUUAUGCUCAAGUUUUUCACCUCUUGAAAGCGAAUUUUUAUCGCGAAUAAAAUUGAGCCUUACCCGAUUGAUGUAAAAAUUAAACCUUGUUGUUAUUUGAAUAAAGCUCAAUUUUAUUUGCUAUAAAAUUUGCCUUGUUCUCAGUCCCGGUUUGUUUGAACGGAACUUAAUAAGUUUUGCUUGUAUGUUUUAUGCUCCUUUUUGUGUUGAAUAUAAUCUCAUUUUUUUAGCUUGAUAGAGAUAAGAUACACAUGUCAUAUAUCAUCUUUUAAAUAUAUGUCGGUUUGUUUCAAUUCCGCACUGUUCAUAUGUCUGAGUGUUUAGAUAAUUGGUUGCUCUUCGCUUGUAGUGUUAUAGCAUAUUUAUGUAAAUGUUUGUUGUUUUCGUGGAUUUUUCAAUUACUUUUUUAACUAUUGAAAUAGCAGACAUAUCGAAAUUAAUAAACUGUUUUGAUAUGGAAGUAAUUCAAUGGUAUUCUAUUUGGAGAUUUUGAAUGAUUUUCCAAUAUUCUAGAAUAUCGAUUUUUUUAUUAUCGAUUUUUAUAUUGGAAAAUAUAUCACAAUCUUCAUUGGCGUAACUUUGAAAAAAUGGAUACGUUUCCUUUCUUACAAUUACG